AGGGCAGUGAGACAUCGGGCAACAGAGAAGACAGGAAAAAUACUGAGAGGGUUCGCAAUAGCAGAGAGGGGGGAAAAAAAACAAAGACUUUUAAAAAUAUAUAUAUUUAAGACAGGUCCACGGCUUAAGCAAAAAGAGCAAGCAACAUGAAAUUGGUUUUAGGCGGAGCGCUGUGCAUCGCCCUGUGUGCGGCCAGUUUCACGCGGGGCAGCGCCAGUCACCUCCCCGACAAGAAGAGCCCCUCGGCCAAGGACAGAAGGAUGCAGUUCGCCUCCUGGGACGAGGUGAACAUCAUCGCCCACGGCCUGCUGCAGCUCGGCCACGGUCUCAAGCAGCACGUGGACCGGACCAAGGAGCAGAUGGACAGCGUCCUGGAGCAGCUGAACGCCCACAACCGCACGCUGCGGGAGCUGGCCGGGCGGGUCAGUGAGCCGGGGCAGGGGCUGGAGAGGCGGCCGGACAGCCACCUGCUGCAGGUGUCGGCCGGCCUGCGAGAGAAAGUGGACGAGAUGGCCCGGGACAGGCUGAGGAUGGAUAAAGUACUGCAGAGCUUGGAAGAGAAGGUGGGCAGGUUUGAGAACGGGAGGAGAGCUGAAACCGACCUCAACAAUUAUAACAACAUCCGAUCCGUUAUGGAAAACCAAAGUAAAAACAUCGAGGAACUGCUGACGAGAAUUAAAGACCAACAGUGGCAGCUUGACAAGCAAAAUGUCCAGAUCAAGGCGUUGCAAAUCAAGCUUCAAGAAAGCAGACUGCAUCUCAAAGACAGUCCAAACUGGAAACUGAUUCUCAAGCGAAGAAUGGAGAUGUACCCUCGCACUCGCACCAGUGGAGAGCCUACGCCAGUUGACAAACUUCCCUUUGACUGUCACCAACUAUUCCUUGAAGGACGGCGGAGCACUAAUGUGUACAGAAUACAGCCAGUAGGCUCACAGUCCUUUGAAGUAUUCUGUCGAAUGACGGAUGAAGGCGGCUGGACUGUGAUUCAAAGACGGAUGGAUGGAUCAGUUGACUUUGAUCGACUGUGGCAGGCAUACAGGGACGGAUUUGGCAACCUUACUGGUGAAUUCUGGUUGGGUCUGGAGAAACUUUACACCAUCACGCGGCAGGGGAGCUAUCUCCUGCGCAUUGAGCUGGAGGAUUGGGAACAUCACACAGAGUACACAGAAUAUCCCUUCAGCCUUGGCAGUGAGGCCACUGACUACACAAUGACCCUCAAAAGCCCCAUCUCCGGAAACCUCAAGAAUGCUAUCAGUGAAUCAAAUGGCCUGCGCUUCUCCACCCGAGACCAGGACCAUGACCUGAAGUUCAACAUGAGUUGUGCCAAACACCUUACAGGGGGAUGGUGGUUCAGCACUUGUGGACAGGCCAAUCUGAAUGGCAAGUAUUUCUCCAGCAAACCCCAGCAGCGACGCGAGAGGAAACAGGGAAUAUUCUGGAAACCCUGGAAAGGUAGAAAUUACCCUCUGAAAACCACGACGAUGAUGAUUCGUCCAAUGGAACUGGAAGCGUAAAAUCAACAUCUUAAAACUCUGGCAGAGACUAUGACUAUGUGCACACAUUUAUGAGAGAGAGAGAGAGAUCUGGAGCAGCAAGGUUGGCUGUUCACAGUUGGAAUGAAAGUCAGUACAGUGUUCUAGAGGCAACGUGGUUUGAGUCUCUGAAUAUGUAUGUCUAUGUUUAAGCAACAAAGCAAUGCAGCAAGUUUCCCAGGAUUAAUGGCUGAGCUAUGCAAGUACUCCUAAAGCAUACAUGCCACUCAAAGCAGCUGUUAGUUUUCCAUUGUUUUAGUUCAAAACAAGUACAGAAUAGUCAAAUAAUUUCCGUUAACUAACUGCUAUUGGACUUCUCCCAUCCUGGCCUGAGCCUGGCAUUUUAACUUGAGUUUGUCCACCCCAAACAGAGCAGGAAGAUCCCUGGCGUAAUUGCCAUCCUAACUGCAGCAGCAGCCUGUAGUUUAGCAAACCGUCACGUCAGUUUGCACAUUCAGUAAUUCAUUGAUCCUGGAACUGCAAAAACAGCCAGAUAUCAGUGUCUUUUCAACAGUCUACAUUCUGCUGCAGGAUGGUCCUCAGUAGGAUUAGUACAGGGCUACCAGCACAUCGCCGGCUCAUUUGAACAUUAUUGGCUUUGAUCACCGAAACAAACAAAUUUCUGAUCUCUUGCCAGUACUUCUAUAAAUAUCACUCUCCAACAUCAUCAAAUAGGUGUAAUGUUUAAUGUGGAAUUUGUAAAAUAAAUGCAAGGGCAAUUUCUUUCCUCUGGCAAAAGCCCACAGUGAAAGGUGGAUCCAAUGCCUUGAAUACUAUUGCCCCAACGUCCUACCUACACCAGCGUAACUGUUACAUUUUAGCUCAAUUCCUCCCCAUAGGGGAUGUUUCCAAGUCAUAUUGACUUUAUCACCAUGGCGAAGAAUAGCCGUGGAGAAGUGAGUGUGAAUUGUUUCUUUGCUUUUAUAUAUUUAAACAUUUAAUAUUCCAAACCUGCCUUUUGUAAUUUAUAAAUGCUCAGCUUUUCCCAGGAGGGAGUGCGAGUCAUUUGGUGUUGUCUGCUGUAUAUAACCUUUAAAAGCUGUUAUUUUAAUAUCAAAUGAUUUGUGAGUUCAGAUUUUUGUCAAAAAAUAAUCUUUGGUUUAA